UUUCAACCUCGUGACAUUCCCCUAAAUUACUCCCUAUUGCUAUUUUUUUUACAUCUCAUUGCAGUUUUUGGAAAAUUGAUUGUAAACCACUAUGCAUGGUUUAUGUGUGUAACUCUACAUGCUAAAAGAUAUUAAACAUGGGUUGUAGCGGAUCGUCUCACGCCAAGCCAAAGAGAAUUGUGAAAAAGAUAAUAAGAAAGCCAAAACCAUGGAAGCAUCCACAGCCAAUAACAAGAAGUCAGUUGAUGCAGCUAAGGGAAGAGUUUUGGGACACUGCUCCUCACUAUGGUGGCAAGAAAGAAAUCUGGGAUGCACUUCGUGCUGCGGCUGAAGCUGAUCUAGACCUAGCUCAAGCAAUUGUGGAUAGUGCUGGGGUCAUUGUCCACAACACUGACAUGACCAUCUGCUUUGAUGAAACAGGUACACUUAUUACAUGCACCUUCUUACAUUCAUAAUUCACCAUAUUUUCAAUUGAAGUUACUCUUCUUUGAUGAGAAAAUGAUAAAGAGACCCUUGUGUUUUGCCAUUUCCCCUAACAUACUUCUUACAUAUAUUUGGAGCACUUGUAGAAACUAUAAGUUUGCAGCGCAAGUGUUGGGUGUGUAUGAACAAAGUCCUAGCAAAUUUUUUUUUUAUAAAGAGUUAGAUACUCUUAACAGAGGCGGCUCAAUGGCAAUGGGGGCCUAAAUUUGUUUAAUAAUUUUAGAUAUUUUUAUUGAAGUUCAUUCUUUUUACCUUUUGGG